AUGGCCUCCCCUAGUAUUCUCACCUUUGACGCUGAGGGUCGGGCAGGUGACUUUGAGGUUUGGGUAGAUGAUCUGCAGCUUUUCCUAUGGUGCGACAGGGCAGACGGUCUCUCCCUGUUUGACCUCACUUCUCGUGCCUCUCCUGCCCCUGCUGCUGAUGCUCACGCCACUGUUCGCUCACAGUGGGCCACGCGCAAUGCUGCUGCUCGCCUUGCUGUGCGCCGCCACUUACGGACCACUAAGCGUGCACACUUUAGCCAGUACAAGAGUGCUCAGACCUUGGACCACUUUCUCUCAGUUUGCCCCACCACUCUCACCGUUGACCUCCUCGAAAAGGCCCUCCUAGUGGCAGAGAAGAGCAUAGUCGCUGUAGGAGCCUCUCGUGGUGACCCUCCCACCCCCGUCUUUGAGGGGUGUUCUCCCUCCCCCCUCUUGCCCUCUGUUGCCUCUUUUGCUCCGGCCGACCUCGUUGGUUUCGAGUCGGUCGGCGUUGCGUCUGCCCGGAGCGGGAAACGCCGCACCGGGAAGGGCAAGGGGGGCAAGGGCGCUGGAGGGGCUGGAGGGGGCGGUGGAGGUGGUAGUGGAGGCAGUGGAGGGAGUGGGGGUGGUGGUGGGAGUGGUGCCGGGGGUGGCGGCGGCGGCAGCAGUGGAGGCGGUAGAGGCGGUGGUGGUGGCAGAGGGAGCGGAGGCGACGGAGGUGGCGGAGGAGGCAGAGGUGGCGGAGGAGGCGGAGGUGGAGGAGGCGGUGGACGCGGCGGUGGCGGCGGCGGUGGUGGAACGGGUCACGACUCUGCGGAGAGGAGAGGCUCCGGUGGUGGUCCGCGCCAGCAGCAGCGGAGUGGUGUGACCCUGUCCCCCCAGCAGCUUCGUGAGUGGUACACUGCGCGUCAGCGCGGUGGGGGUUUUCGUCCCUGCACUUACGUCCUCCGUAUCGGCGACCAAGCUGGUGAGCAGUGUGGAGGCCCGCACUCCACCCAGCGCUGCUUCGGUCGCUUGACAAACGCGUGGCGUCGCCAGUUCCCUGAGGCGUCAGAGAUCCGUCAUUGGGGAGAUCUGUCUAGGGCGGGGGCUGCCGUCUUUGAUCUUGACUAUGAUGCUAUCCUUGCUGCCAUAUAUUCUGUGACUACUAGCGUUGAGGGUGACUGUUACCUGUGUGUACCGCCUGAGCCGGGCAUUGAGGCCACUCCUCUAGGUGCUGGUGAGGCUGCUGCUCUAGGUGCUAGUGCGUCUGCUGCCCCAGGUGCCAGUGCGUCUGCUGCCCUAGGUGACAGUGCGUCUGCUGCCCCACGUGCUAAUGAGUCUGCUCUCUCAGAUACUACGUCGGCUCAGGCCUUCCACACCUUCACCCUUGACUCGGGUCUCUACCUCCCCUCGUUCUAUACGAACUUCGUGAGUGGAGCGGACCUACAGGAUAGGAGGGUUGACCAGUUCACUCUUGCGAGUCAGCGAGUGACCCACUGCACGUGUGCUCAGACAGGCCGACACUUGGCCACGUUCACCCGUCGGCCAGGGUCGAGCCUGUACACCCUUACUACUAAGUCUCCUCCGACUGGAGCGUCUGCCCAGGUGGCUACGUCGAGUCAGGUGUUUGCUGCAGCGUCCAGGUCUGGUCCUGAGUCUGCUCCCUGCUCGUGUCGUCUCCUGUCCCACCAGACUCUCCUUUGGCACUACCGCCUUGGUCACCCCUCCUUGCCUCGUCUCCGAGGCAUGGCCUCCCGUGUCCUUGUCUCUAGUCUCCCUCGGUCUCUCCCUCCCCUACCUCCGGGGCCUUGCCCUACCUGCGUCCCCUGCGUCGACGGGCGACAGCGCGCCGCCCCUCACUCCUCCGAGUUUCCUCCGACAGAGGCUCUGCUGCAAACUCUCUACAUGGAUGUGAGGGGCCCAGCCCACGUCAAUGGGCAGGGGCGCGAGCGGAACUUCCUGCUGGUGGUUGACGACUACUCGCGUUACACCACAACCUUCACGUUUCCGGCCUCUCCACAGCAAAAUGGGAUUGCUGAGCGCCGCAUUGGCAUGGUCAUGGACGUUGCUCGUACGUCCAUGAUGCAUGCAGCUGCCCCCCAUUUUCUGUGGCCGUUUGCGGUUCAGUACGCCACGCAUCAGCUCAACCUUCAGCCCCGGGUCUCCUUGACAGAGACCUCCCCCGCCUUGCGGUGGACCGGGAAGGUUGGCGAUGCGUCUGCGUUUCGGGUCAGGGAAUCUCGGGCGUUUGUCCGCGACUUGUCUGCGGACAAGCUGUCCCCCCGUGCUGUUCCCUGCGUCUUCCUUGGCUUCCCCCCUGGCGCGCCUGGGUGGCAGUUUUACCACCCCACCUCGCGUCGUGUUCUGUCCUCCCAGAAAGUCACCUUUGACGACUCGCCUGUCGAGGUAGCUGUUGACUCUGGUGCUGCUAGAGGUGCUGAGCCUGCAGGUGCGGAGUCUGGGGGUGCUGAGAUUGGGGGCGCUGAGUCUGGGGGUGCUAAGCCUGGAGGUGCUGGGUCUGGCGGUACGGAGCCAGGGGGUGCGGAGCCUGAAGGUGCGGAGCCUGGGGGUGUCGAGCCUGGAGGCGCUGGGUCUGCUCCUGUGGCCGCUGGCGGUGCUUCGUCGAGGCGGGAGCCACUCUCUCCACAGGAGUUGCGCGAGUGGUUUGCCCGCCGCUGGAGACGUGUUGCUGCGACUGGGAGUGCUGCUGGGGCUACUGGAGUUGGUCCUGCUGGAGCUGCUGGCAGUACUAGUGCUGCUGGAGCUGGAGCUGCUGGGGGUGUUGGUGCUGGUGUUUCUACUGGCGCUGGUGCGUCUGGGGGUGCUGCUAAGGCUGCUGGAGCUGACGGUCCUCUUGGAGUUGGUGGUGCUAGAGCUGGAGUUGCAAGGGGUGUUGGCGCUGGCGGUGCUGCUGGCGCUGGUGCUUCUGAGGGUGCUGGAGUUGGCGCUGUUGGAGCUGGAGGUGCUGCUGGCGCUGGUGCUCCCGUUGGGGGUGCUGGUGCCGUCCUUGCUAGUUCUGGAGGUUUUGCUGAGCGUCGUGAGCCUGCGUCUCGUCCUGCGUUGCCUGUUCGUGCUGCUCGCACUAGUGGUUGUACUGCGCGUCCGCAUCCUCCUGCGGUCCCCGGCACACACCAGAUGGCGCUGCGUCCUUUCACCGCUCCUCUGCGUGUCCCGUUGCCGUCUCCUCCAGAGUCCUCUCUUCCUACUCUUGUUGACCCGGAGUCUGACUCCCUUCGUGCUGCUAGUCCUUCGGUCACGUGUCUCCUUGCUACUGUUGUCACUGACCCUUCCUUUGAGUCCACUGCUGCGUCCGCUCUAGUUGCCGAGCUUGUCGACUUCGCUGCUCGCUGUCAUCUAGACUAUGCUGCUAGUCUCGUUGCUGAGUCUGAGUCUGUCUGUCCUCCGUCCGUCGAGGGUGGGUGUGCUCUUAGCACGGACGUCCUUGAGGACAAGCAGGAGGAGUUCCAGUGCUUUGCUGCUACUUUGCCCCAUCUCGUGUCCACGCUGAUUGCCCUUGAGGGAGACCCGGAUGCACCAGACAUCGCGAGUCCUCGAUCGUACGCUGAGGCGAUCGAGGGUCCCUACUCCUCUCAGUGGCAGUCAGCCAUGGACGCAAAGAUGGCUUCCUGGAAGUCCACAGGCACCUACGUCGACGAGGUUCCCCCACCUGGGGCAAACAUCGUCAGUGGCAUGUGGAUUUUCAGGGUGAAGCGGCCGCCGGGUUCUCCGCCUGUCUUCAAGGCGCGUUAUGUGGCUCGAGGCUUCAGCCCCGUCGGCCCGCGCUAG